AUGGCGUUGGAGGAAGUGAGGGGUCGGAUAGGCCGGUCUUUUGAAGAGAUGAAUAAAACAAGCAACAUGGACUGCACGAAACUGAAGAGUUGCUUGAACGAGAUCACAUGCGCUUUGCUUGACGCCGAUAUUCCUAGAUUGGCCGUGGAUGAGAUUGAGACGAAAAGUCUGGAAAUUAUCAAUCUGCCUAAGGCGCCCAAGAAGAAGGGUGCCCUAAUCUACAUGAUGAUGUUACAGGAGCUCUCUAGUAAGCUAGAUCCGGGAAAAUCUGCACUCAUUCGGGGAAAGCUUGAACCUAGCAUAGUCAUGUUCAUCGGAUUACGAGGUGUUGACAAGACCAAAACGUGUGCCAAGUAUGCUCGUUACCACCGGAAGAAGGGAUUCAGACCAGCUUUAGUGUGUGCUGAUACUUUCAAGUUCGAUGCUUUUGUCCGUCUCAACAAGGCUGCCAAAGAUGAGGUUCCAGUUUACGCAAGGUAUAUAUAUAUUGAGUAUUUCAAGCUGAAGCUUUUGUCAGGAGUCUCUUGA